AGUAGUAGUAGAAGAAAGAGGAGUAAGAGUAGGAGUAGGAGUACUAUUACUAUGUAUUAGUAGUAGAACUCUCUGUAGUAGUGGCAGCAGCAAUAGGGAUCGUCGAGGAACUCGAAGAGGGAACCGACGGAAGAGUUGGGCAGCGGCACAGAAGGACGCGAGGGAGAGCAAGGUUGAGAAAAGUUGGUCAAGGUACUGCAUCAUGCUGCUACUCUUCCUACUGUUACUAGUACUACAACUACUAUGCUGAGCAACAACGCCGAGGGAUCUUUGGGCGGCCUUUGCAGUCUGUCUGUCAGUCAGAGGAAUGGAGCAAGGGAAACACUUCACACAGUACAAGCCACCGAGAAUUUGUGCUUGUGAAGGAAGAAGCUGUGGAACAAGAUCCAUCCCCCGAAGUGAAGCAGCCGCUCUCCUGGCAUUCCCCAAGUUUACUUUGGGAGCAAAGCGAAAAGGAGCGCGAUCUGCAAAGCCAAAAAGGAUCCUCUUAGACUGAGGCACGACCAAAACGAAAUUAGGGAGGCCAGUAGAGAAAGUGAAAAAACUCGGAUGAGGAGGCGACGAGUGUGUGAGUGAGUGUGUUGUUCAAGCAGAACUUGAAGGCCAAGAAGAAACAGAAGAAGUAGAAAAAGAACCAAGGCAGAGUAGUCAGUCAGUGUCGAGGGUGAAAAAUGAUGGUUUCCCUCCAAUUGGACGGGCUGUGCUUGACCAAAUAGUGAGCCAACCACCACCCCAUUGCUUUUUCCUGUUCGACUCAUAACUCGAAUCUUGAGGCCCCGUUUGAUUGAAGAUUCUCAGUGAAGUGCUCCCCGUUUCCACGUCCUGUCAUGAUGCUGUGACCACUGAACCCCAAGCGACCCUGGUGGUGGGAGGGUCUCUCUCAUGUCUUGGUGGCAGUGGAGAGGAGUGGGAACCCUCUGCGGAAGAUUCCUUAAACGAGGAGAAGGAAGAAACAUGAAGCGGCAACCAUGAUAGCAUGUUUUCUUCAUUGUUUCCGUGAUUCAUCCAAGUGGCCGCAAAACCUCGGCUUCAUCCUCCGACUGCUCCAUUGUGCUUUGAGCACGAAAUUCUGGUUUCCGAGACAUAAUCGCCAUCACCACCAGCGGACACGCCCUAAUUCCGAGCAGCUCAAGAGGAUCCACGGAGGGAUGAAGGCACACCUGCGACCGACACCUCACAUUCACGUGGCUCCAGAGGCCAGCUUUCAGCCUGAUCCGCCAUCAUGGAGUGCCUCGGUGUCCUCGAGCUCUACAAUGUCAUGAUGUUCCUUCUCAAAUCUUUUCACAGCCAUGGCAAAACAUGUGGCAUUUAGCAAUCAUGAUGGUACAUCAUAGAAAAAGCGCCGUUCCUCAGUCGGGACAGGACCUGAGAUCCCAAAGAUGUGUUGAGUGAUAUCCAAAAAAAAAGAAAAGAUAUAAAAAUUCAUCGUUGUUUAUUCAUUCCAAUCUCUAUUCAUCCAGUCACGGCAUUAACACAUAACCACACUAAAACCUCCCAACAUUGAGUGAAAAGUGCUCUGAUCCCCGCCAAGAAACAGAAAGAAAAAAAAAGAUUCAAGCAGCUCAGCAACAAGAAAAGGCCCUGUUUUCAAGUUCAAGCGAUCCAAUCUGUGAGUGAUAUCAUCACCAUUAUCAUCAUCAUCAUCCUUUCUUCUACUCACCAAGAAGAAUGGCCUCAUUAUAUUCAGUGGUGUCAUUCGCUCUAGGAUGCAUCUUCCUCUCUUUUAUUCAUGUUAUGCCAGGUCUGUGCUCCCAAGAGGAGGAGCGGCUUGUCCGUGACCUCUUUCGGGGCUACAACAAACUCAUCCGACCAGUCCAGAAUAUGACCCAAAAGGUUGAGGUGGCAUUUGGUUUGGCUUUCAUCCAACUCAUUAAUGUGAAUGAAAAGAAUCAGAUCAUGAAGUCCAAUGUGUGGCUCCGAUUGGUCUGGAAUGAUUAUCAGCUCCAAUGGGACGAAGCUGAUUACGGUGGCAUCAGUGUUCUUCGAUUGCCUCCAGAUAAAGUCUGGAAACCCGAUAUCGUAUUAUUCAAUAAUGCUGACGGCAAUUAUGAGGUCCGAUACAAAUCUAACGUCCUGAUAUAUCCCGAUGGAGAGGUUCUGUGGGUGCCGCCGGCCAUUUAUCAAAGCUCAUGUACCAUUGAUGUGACCUACUUCCCUUUCGACGAACAGACCUGCAUCAUGAAGUUCGGCUCGUGGACCUUCACGGGUGACCAGGUGGCUUUGUCACUCUACAAUAGCAAGGACUAUGUGGACCUCUCCGAUUAUUGGAAGUCUGGCACGUGGGACAUCAUUGAAGUCCCCGCUUACCUCAACAUUUAUAACGAGUCCACGCCCACAGAAACGGAUAUCACCUUCUACAUCACCAUCCGGAGAAAGACUCUCUUUUACACUGUGAAUUUGAUUCUUCCGACUGUGCUGAUUUCGUUUCUUUGUGUCCUUGUGUUCUACUUGCCAGCCGAAGCAGGAGAGAAAGUUACCUUGGGUAUCAGCAUUCUCCUCUCGUUGGUUGUGUUCCUUUUGCUCGUCUCAAAAAUCUUACCCCCCACGUCUCUGGUGCUUCCCCUUAUUGCCAAAUACUUGCUUUUUACAUUUAUAAUGAACACCGUCAGUAUAUUGGUCACAGUGGUGAUUAUCAACUGGAACUUCAGGGGCCCGCGCACCCACUCCAUGCCCAGGUGGAUCAGAAUCAUGUUCCUACGCUACCUGCCAAUGAUCCUCUUCAUGCGUCGCCCCAAGAAGACGCGUCUCCGGUGGAUGAUGGAGAUCCCGGGUCAGAACCGGAGAGUGCCCGGACCCCCGACCUACCCCGGGGGCGGGGGCGGGCUCAAUAUGGUGGGCGCCGGGGUGGGACGACUCGAUCCUGUGCUCUCGUCUCCUCCGCCCCUGAUCGGGGCCAAACACUUGUCGCCUCCCACGGGUCCGCUGCCACCGCCACCGCCUCCAACCAGCGGCCUCCCCCCUCUGCCACCGGGCGGAUCUCCCCCAGAUCACCUGGAUAUCAAAAACAAAAUCGAGAUCAUGGAGCUCUCUGACCUCCACCAUCCAUCGUGCAAGCUCAAUCAAAGCCGGCAAGGCAGCUUCGAGGAAGAGGACGAUGACGACCAAUCGCCCCUUCAUCACGACAUGUCACAUGGGUCGCACCACCACGGGAUGCCUCCGAUGGGUCCGGGAGGCGGAAUGUCCGGUAAUAUGGGUGCAAUCCGCCGUGACUCGGACAUGUCCGACAUGUUUCUCACGCCCGAAGCUUAUCGGGCCACUCAGGCUGUGGAGUUCAUUGCUGAGCAUCUCAGGAAUGAGGACGAACAUGUGCAGGUGCGCGAAGAUUGGAAGUUUGUGGCCAUGGUGGUGGAUCGUCUUCAGUUAUAUCUGUUCUUCAUCAUUACAACCAUUGGCACCGUUGGCAUCCUCAUGGACGCGCCCUUCAUUUUCGAAUACGUCGAUCAGGAUAAGAUCAUUGACAUCUUCAGGGGGAAAUAGAGAUAUAUACGAAGAAGAGAGACGACUUCUUCAUCUGUUCAGACCAGAGCGUUGCCAAAGAAUCGAGACAGAAUGGUGAAGGAAUACAUUGCUCAACUUAUUAAUCGAUAGCCCGUCUUGAUCGUCUCCAGUUUGCACCAUAUGCAUACACAGGUCAUUCCGAAACGAAUAAGCUUGCGGAAACAAACUAAAGUGGUGUGUACGCGUGUAUGUGUGUAGGUAUGUGCGUAAGUGAGUGUACUAAAGUAAGGCCAGUGCUCAAUUUCGAUGAUUAUUUCACAAUAAUCUUGUAAGGAUCUGAUGAGAAAAAGUGCCAGUGGACAUAUUACACUCUUACAUUUAAUAUAAUUGCUAGAAUGAGCCAUGAGAGAUUCUCGGUUUUGCCAAAGAGCAAAGGCGACACUCUUUCCGUCAAGAACUCUCCGCCAAACUCUGUUAACACUGCAGUUCGAAAGGGAGCACUACAGUUGUUGUUGUAACAUACUACUACUACUACUACUACUAAUCCUAAUACCAUCACCGCUACUACGACUACGAAUACUAUUAAUUCUAGUGCUGCUACUCCUACUACUACUACUUCUUCUUCCUCUACUACUACUUCUACAACUGCUACUACUACUACUACUACUACUACUGCUACAAUUACUACUAUGCUACUAUAGCUAAGAUUACUAGCACUCUGCUACAACUCCGCAAACCGUCUCAAGUCAGAUGGAGGACGCAAUUAUAAUAUGAAUGAAACAUACAAUUUUACUGCAUGCAUCAUCAUCUGCCUAGCCCAUAUUUUCAGUGUGUGUUGCUCUCUCUCUUCUCAUAUUAAUAAUACAAAAACAAACGCUAAUAAUACUGAAAUUAUACGAUUUCUUGACCAACCCAAGAACACGAUUCCCACCCAAGAUUCAUAACUCCCUCAAACCUAGCCAAGCAAACCCCAAAAGCAAUCCAAUUUGUCCAAAAGCACUCGCUCGUUUGUUGAACCCGUGACUUACCAUUUUACCCUUCAAUUCAAUUUUGACAGAUACUUGGACGCGGUUCAAAAAUUUGCAACCGAGAAUUUGCUUCUUUUGUUGAACGACGCUUGAUUUUGUGAUUUGAUUGGAAUGAGAAGCCUUCGAAAAACAUGUCACAAGUCAUUUUAGCUUAAGAAACCCAUUUGAUUAUUUUUAAAAUCCCUCUCUAAACACGCCCUCCCAUCAAAAGUAAGAAAAUCAGCAGACAUUUUGCCCCACCAAGAAAACAACAUCCUGCGGUCAUCAUCUUGAUCUCUCAUCAAACUUGAUUGAAAAAGAAAAGAAAUCACGAACAACAAGAACUAAUUACAACUACAAGCUAUUAUAGUGACGAAGAACUUUUGCACUUGCUCGUUUGCAUGAGAAAAUGAUAUUGAAUUUAGGGAUUAUCAUUAUAUAAAAGAGAAAAAUAAAUCCACUGCGGAA